AUGACCCACGGCAACAGGGCCGCAGUGGAAGCGGCCAAGAAGCUCCCGGACGGCGAUCCCGGCACGCCGACGUUAUGGCUCCCAAUCAGCAGCGAUCUGUUGCCGCCCAAGUCCAUCAUCAACAGCGAGCAGCUGGAGCGCGAGCUGGUCCACAUGUUCUCCAACGCCAUCAUGUACAACCUGGAUCCGUACCGCGGCCCAGGUAAUUCGUUCAUGAAGCGCGAGGCCUCGGUGGAAGGCGAAGGCGACGCUGAGCCCUCAACCUACCGUGUCGACGAAGACGCGGUCGUCCGCGACUCGCGCAUCAUGUUCGUUGAGGUGGAGCGGCUCCUGGGCGAUCUCAGGGCGGCCGAGAGGGAUCGCAGCGGGCUGCCACCUUCGGGUAGCGGCAGCGCGCGGCCCACGAGCGUGGCCGCGACGCCUAGAGGCGAGAGCACGCCGGCGGCGCAGACGGCUGAUGAUGACGUGGACGAAUUGGCGGGCGACGAGAACACGGGCUCGACGUACAAGAGAAGGCGGAUCGGCACGCGCGACGCCGGGUCUCGUGCUUAG